AUGGCUGCUGCAAAAUUUUUUGAACCAAAAUUAAAUGAAAAAGAAGAAAAUAAAGAAAUUAAUUCUGAAAUAAUUUAUGAUAAAAUUACUUUAGUCAAUGAAAAUAAUGAACAAGAGAAAGACAAUUCUGAGUAUUCUGGUUCAGCAUUGGGCCCUCAUUGGAUAGCUAAACUUGCAUUAAAACAUUCAAAUAAGGAUUCGAGAAAAUUAUUUAUUUUAAACGAAAUUGAAUUAAAUUCUGUUUUUAAUUCAAAACCUGAUAAAUUAAAAGAAUAUGAAUUACCUAAUUAUUUCUCUAAAAAUUCUGAUUGGAAAUUAUUUGUUAAUUUAACUGAUGGAAAAUAUAUUGGAUGUGAUUUAAUAAUUGAAGCUACGGGUGUUGUGCCAAAUACAAAAAUUUGGAAAAGAGAUUGCCCUGAAUUAGAAUUAGCUGAAGAUUAUGGAAUUUUAAUUGAUGAACAUAUGAGAACAAAUAUUCCAAAUGUUUUUGCUGCUGGAGAUGUUUGUACUCCAAGAUGGACUGAAGAACGUUCACAUUGGAAACAUAUUAGACUUUGGACACAGGCUAGACAAAUGGGUAUUUACUGCGCCCGCGCUAUUUUAAUUGACAAUCUAUUACCUGACAUUGCUUUUGAUAUUUUUACACAUGUGACAGAAUUUUUUGGUUACAAAGUUGUUCUUCUCGGUGAUUUUUCUGCUGAAAAAUUGGAAAAACCUUUUGAAAUAAAUUAUAGAAUAACAGAAAAUGUUGAAUAUAUUAAAGUUAUAACAAAAAAUCAUCGAAUUCAAGGAGCUGUUUUAAUUGGUGAAACGGAAAUGGAAGAGGUUAUGGAAAAUUUAAUAUUAGACCAAAUAGACAUUUCUCAAAUUGAGGAUAAAUUACUUGAUCCAAAUAUUGACUUGGAAGAUUAUUUUGAUUAA